AUGAGCUUUACACAACUUGCAGAUUUGGUUAAACGUAACCGUGCCAUUGACAUUAACCCACCUCCUUCAGAAUCAGACAUCAACUUAACCAGCCACGGUAGUGAUUGGUUGUGGGCAGCCUUUUCGGUGUUUGCUUUGCUUGCAAUUUGCCAUGGAUUCAUCUACAGCUUGACUAGUGUGCGCAAAAGCGGCAUCAAGAAAUCGUUGUUGACAAUCCCCUUGUUCACCAACGCAGUUAUGGCGUUUGCUUACUACACGUAUGCUUCCAACUUGGGUUACACCUGGAUCGACACCGAAUUUCAUCAUGUGUCCACCGAUAGAGGACUUUUUGCACGCCAAAUCUUCUACACCAAGUUCAUUGGCUGGUUCUUGAGCUGGCCAUUGGUGUUGGUCAUCUUCACCGUGACGACGCAUACCAGCUUGACCGACGACAGAGAAGAUAUUUUGAAGAAGGCGUUGCAGGUGUUUUCCGCCAUCUUUACCAGGUUCUUGACAAUCGAGGUGUUUGUUUUGGGUUUGUUGAUUGGUGCUUUGAUCAGGUCGACCUACAAGUGGGGUUACUUUACUUUUGCUACAGUGGCUUUGUUGUUCACCAUCUAUCUCAUUUGCGUUGACUUGCACAGAAGCUUCCAGUCUGUCAACAAGAGUUUAGUUGCUAACUUGGUUAUUAUUCUUGAGAUUGUUGUUUGGAUCUUGUAUCCGGUGUGCUGGGGUUUGUCAGAGGGUGGUAAUGUGAUCCAACCGGACUCGGAAGCUGUGUUUUACGGUAUUUUGGACCUCAUCAACUUUGGAUUUGUCCCGGUGAUCUUGACCUGGAUUGCCGUCAACACCAUCGACGAAGAUUUCUUCAGCAAGGUCUGGCACUUCCACUUGAACAACAAUGUAACCACAGAACCCGAUGCUGAGAAGUCUGUGGGCGACAACACUCCCAGACACUCUGGCGACACGACAGUGGCACCGGCAGGGGUGCACCAAGAAGAGGAGGAGCAUGUCUAG